AAUUUUGCUGCAAAAAAUAAGGUUGCUUUGUGAGAGCGUGCGGUUCUUUAAAGAGUGUGUGCGCGAGAAUCUUGCCCUGUGGCAGAGCAAGCAGCGGAAGAAGAGGAAGAAUAAGCUUGACAGCUAACCAAUACCGAUACGCGGAGAGCGAGUGAGUGAGAAAGCGAGAAGGAGAGCAAGAACACCGAAGAUGAACCAACUGGGCUUCACCGCCGCCACGUUCCGGCGGCUGCUGUUGCUGGUGGCCGUCGUUGGUCUGCUCGUGGCCACCGUGGAGGCCAAGAAGAAGCCGAACAAGUACGGCGAUGGCGACUUUGAGUUUGUCGAUGAGGACGACAAAAGUAAUCAACAGCUGGAUUUGCAACAGCAAAAGCAACAACAGCAGCAGCAGCAACAACAACAGAUUCCGGAGAAGAAAAAGUGGAUUCACGACCCAUCCAGCGAUUUGUGCAAACCGCUCAACUGCAAAAAGAAAGAACUAUGUUUGCUGGAGGAUGCUUACACAGCUGUCUGCGUCUCGAAGAAGGAGCUGCACAAGAACAAAUUCAUCAACAGCUACAAUACACUUUCAAACCGGGAUGAGCUGAUCACCAAGAGCAAAUACCUGGAAGAGGAGGAAGCCAAGCGGAAGGCCGCUGAAGAGGCCGAACAAACUGGUCUAAUCAGCGGUACGAGCAGCAGUAGCAGUGGUAACUCCGCGGACUCUUCGGACAACAUCGGCGGCAGUGUUGCCAGCGGAAGUGGUUCCAGUGCGAUCGCAAGUGAUCGAACAAGUGGUGGUGCGGCUGGCGACGAGCUGCUCCAGCAGGACCAGGAAGAUCCGGACGAUGAAAGUUCCGCCCAGGACGAUGACGUGUUCUACGACAGUGACGGCGGCGAGAAGGAGGAGGAAAACUGCAAGCCCUGCCCGGUGGUCAAGCCGACGUUCAUGUGCGGCAGCGACAACCGGACGUACUCGUCGCUGUGCCGGCUGGAGUACCACAACUGCAUCCACGGCAGUCUGGUCAAGGUCAACUGCAAAGGAUUCUGCCCGUGCAAAGCGGACAUGGCCGGCUCAACGACGGCGGACCAGAAGAAGCAGCAGCGAAUGGCCGAUCGGAUGAGCGCCUUCAACGCCAAGUACCAGCGAACGGUCGAAAGUAACGACAUCAACGGCGGCACGGCUUCCGGGGCGACCGCCGAGCUGGACGGCCGAAGUGGCUCCAAGUCAAAGGAGGAAAAGAAUCGUCACUUUAACCACAUCAACUCGCAGUACACCUUCACUCCGGAGGACAUCAAGUACGACAACAAGCACUACAAGUACAUCAAGUACACGUCCUACAAGAGCAAGCAACGUCAGCAGCAGCAGCAGCCCCAGUACGAUUCGUUUGGACUUUCGUCGACCGGAAAUGGACCCUCGUCAAGCGGAGCGUCUCAGUCGUCAUCGUCGUCGGCGUCGUCCUCCUCCCGGGCCAGCGAGGACAAACACAAGAUCCGGGGCUACAACGAGGUGCUCGAUAAGCCCGUCAGCAAGUUGCCCAAAUCGGCCAACAAUGGAGCUCGUUACCCCACCAAAUCGAUCGAGUGCAAGCCGCAGCAGCUGACCGCCAUCGGGAACCGCCUGCUGGACUGGUUCUCCGUCAUCAUGGCGGACAGCAAGAAGCGGCGCCAGCACCAGCAGCAAAAGAACAAGGUCCACUUCCCGGCGGCGUGCAAGCUGGAGGCGCGCUGGAUGUUUGGCCACCUGGAUCUGAACAACGACGGCGAGCUGUCCGCCCAGGAGCUGUACGAUCUGGAGCACGACCAGAACGAGCGCUGCAUCAAGCCGUUCAUCGACACGUGCGACCUGGACCAGGACAACACGAUCGACCCGCGGGAGUGGUGCCGGUGCUUCGAGAAGACGGACCGACCCUGCGCAGCGGUGCGGAGGCGGCUGGGAAAUGAUCUGAGUGGUUCAGGAUAUGCGCCGGAUUGCGACAGCCAAGGGUUCUACAAGCCGACCCAGUGCCACCAGGCCGUCGGAGUGUGCUGGUGCGUGGACGAGCAUGGUGUGGAGUUUGCCAACACGCGCACCCGUGGAAAGCCCAACUGUGACGAGAUUAUCAACAACGCCAGCACGCUCAACACCGACGACGAGGACGCCGAAGAUUCCGAGGACGACGACGACAGCCAGGAGGGCAGCGCCGACCGUUUGCUGGUGUUUUAAGGUGAAGUCGCAGUCACAGCAGCAGAGCGAGAGAGAGAAGUUGUAUCCUUCCAGUGUGAAACACGUUGAACGAAAGAACAGAACAAAAAAAUAACAUCUCUCAACACUACGUCGUCGUUUUUUCGUUUUUUUCCCACGUGUCGCUCGAAUAGAUGUUUAAUUUCCACUUUUUCUGCGGUGAGAAACAAAACGUACCACCCCUCUUCCAGGGCUUAAUCCCUUUUUUGAAGUAUAUUGAAAAAAAAAUAAAGAAAAAAAACCAUACAACUUAAUUUAGAUAAAUUGAAUUCACAGAGCAAAAAUUUAACGUCUGUUUCAAAAACUGAAUUUCGUCCGCGUGCAUUGUUUGGAGAAAGAAAAAAAAAGCAAACAAACAAAACAACACACACUAAACUAGUGGAAGAAGUAAACAAAAAAAUACAACACUAGCAAUUCCCCGUCCUUUUAUUAGCGCGUCGUGUGUCUUUACUGUUAUUAAGUUUGUAAUUUUUAACUAACCGAAAAAAACCAAGUGUGGUGAAAGUAAGCUGAUUGGAACGAUGUUUAGUAAAACAAAAAAGGUAAUCAAAAAAUGUGGGAGAAGUGUGAAACUUUGUAAUGAAAACCACGUAUUUUUUUCCUUUAUUUAAGGAUUACUGCACAGACAAGCAGAUAGUAAUACAUUUGAGUGUUUGGAAAGUCACCACGGAUAUUUCAUACUCACCACAGCGCAUUUGCAAACUUUUUUCGGCUCGAUGGCUCUCGUGAGAUGUUAUUGAUGAAUAAUACAUAAAAAUAUUCAAUGAUUUAAGUCUGUUUGUCUGUAAGAAAAAAUAAAUUAACAAAACUUGUGUUUGAAACAACUGCUCAUUUUUCAGAGAAAACAUUUCAUUGCAAAAUAUAUUCACGUGAAACGGUCAAAAACGCAUUUUUUUCUAUUUGUCAACCGGCUGUACUGUCAGUUUGCAGCAUGUUUUCCACUCUUUCUCAUGUAGAGCAAAAAAAUAUUUCUUUUGGCGCUCACUGAGAGAGAACUUCAGAAGAGGACCAAUCGCUCUCCUCUCAUGCAUGAAUAAUCGGUAAAAAGGAAUUGAAAAAAAAAUCAAUUCCGACAUUUUCAAAAACAACAACAUUUCGAUAACAAUAGCUGUCACUUUCCGCAAAUAAACAAUGUUUGUGAAUAAAACGAAUUAUGAAUUUAUUUGACUCAUACAGAUUGAUAUUUUUGAUAAUUCGAUAUUCCGCCUCUGAAAGUGAGAAGUUUUUCUUCACAAUUUUGUAAAAAAUCCAAAUAAAAAAAUAUCUUUUUACACUUUGUGCGACUUUUCUGUCGAUUGUCCGUCAGCCGUAAGCAUAUUUGUGUUGUGUAAUGAGAAAUUGGUGAAGCUAAGUAAGAUAAACAAGAGGAAAUAUAAGAAACUAACCAACAGAAAGCCAUAAAAACACUUCAGAAUCGUAAAACAUUGUUGUAAAAAGCCUUAUUUUCGCAAGUAAUAGUACAGAUUCAACAACUACUAGUAAAAUGAAAUAUAAACAAACAAACAAAAAAACAUAACAAGAGCACUUUUCACUAAUCGUAGUAGGCCAUCAGUAUUUAUAUAGCGAUAGCGAGCGUAAGAGCUGAGAGAAAACGUCAAAUGAAGCUACAGAAGCAAAACUAAAACUGUCAAACUGUCAGUUUGACAGCCAAAUCGGAGCAAACCAAAUAAAUCCACGCAAGCGAGUAUUUUAGGUGAACCGUGCACAGUGCUUUGAAUGUUCAAAGGUUAGAAGAAAACAAACACACACACCCACACGCAAACGCAAACGCAGACACGCAAAACCCAAGUUGUGAUGUAAACAAUGCUACUACUACUACUACUAUUAAUUACUACUAUCGCUUCACACCACCACUCAAAAUAGUGAGACAAAAAUAUAUAAAGCAAGAAAUAACACUGAAAAAAAACCAAAAUCCCAAAAAGUCAUGAUUCUUUUCAGAUCGCAGCAUGCCACCUUUCGGUUUGACGUUUAAUCUUCUACAGUUAAGGUGACAUCUACACAGAGCGCUUGCUAAACUAAGAAAACCUCUGAUUUUUUUUAAAAGGGCGCGAGUAGGAAAGCAGGCAAGCAAAACAUAAAUAAACAAAAGAAAAAUGCGCGAAGCAACCGGAGAAGGCUAAAACAAACUAAAAUUAACGCGUAUUCAUUAAGUAGAUGAGAAGAAAAAAACAGAAAACUUGGCGAAAAUCACACAAAUAUAUAACAAUGUGCAAAGUUGUUAGAGAAAGGGUAAAGAAAAAAAACAACAUAAAACAUUUGAUAAAUGAAAAACAUUCAACAC